GCCCGCGGGGGAAGGGGCAUGAGGGGCGUUCGCCCGCCCACCGCCCAGGAUUUCCAGUGAGGCCGAGGCCAGGCGGCCCCUUGCCCAGCCCCUCACUCCGCGGGCGAGCUGCAGCGCCGGACCCCUGCCUCCAGCUGCUCGGGCCGCCCGCCCGCCGGCGCCGCAGAGAGAGGGCGGGGAGGGAAGCAGCGCGGGACCUACAAGCGAGCUGGCUCGGCCCCCAAGCGCCGGGGCUGCUCCCCGGCCUGAGCCCGGCGCGCCGCGGGUGCAAGCUGGCCGCGCGCUGCCAGGAGCCAUGCGGAGCCGGGAGAGGCUGCGAGGGGGGCUCGCCUCAGGAGGGGCUCCCGUGUGGGCUGCGCUGCUCCUUCUCCUGGGCCGCUGCCUGAGGGCUGCCCACGCCUACAACCUAGACACGCAGCGCCCCGUGGUCUUCAAGGGGCUCCGUGGGACGUUAUUUGGCUAUUCGGUUGUGCUGCACGGUCACGGCACGAGCAGAUGGUUGGUUGUGGGUUCCCCUAAAGCCAACUGGUUGGCAAAUAGCUCUGUGGUCAAUCCAGGUGCAAUUUUCAGAUGCAGGAUCGGGAGCAACCCCAGUGGGACUUGUGAACAGCUCCAGAUGGGCAAUCCGGCAGGAGACUAUUGUGGAAAGACCUGUUUUGAAGAGAGAGAUAAUCAAUGGCUGGGUGUCAGCUUGUCCAGGCAGCCAAGGGAAAAUGGAACCAUUGUUGCAUGUGGACACAGGUGGAAAAAUAUAUAUUACAUAAAAAAUGAACACAAACUCCCUAAUGGCGUUUGUUAUGAAAUCCCUCCUGAUUUUCGAACACAACUAAGUAAAAGAAUAAGUCCUUGCUAUAAAGAUCAUGUGAGGAAGUUUGGAGAAAACCAUGGGUCAUGUCAGGCUGGGAUGUCUAGUUUUUACUUUAAGGAUUUAAUUAUAAUGGGAGCCCCAGGAUCAUAUUAUUGGACUGGUUCUGUCUUUGUGUACAAUACCACUGCGAAUACCUUCCAAGCUUAUACAGAUUCGAGGAACCAAGUAAAAUUUGGAAGUUACUUAGGAUAUGCUGUUGGAGCUGGCCACUUUCUGACACCAGCUAGUACAGAAGUAAUUGGAGGAGCUCCCCAACAGGAGCAGACUGGUAAAGCAUACAUUUUUAGCAUUGGGACAAGGGCAUUAACUAUUCUGUCUGAACUAAAGGGUAAAAAGCUUGGUUCUUAUUUUGGAGCUGCUGUUUGUGCAGUGGAUCUGAAUACUGAUGGCCUCUCAGACUUACUGGUUGGAGCUCCAAUGCAAAGUAAAGUCCGAGAAGAAGGAAGGGUUUAUGUUUACAUCAACUCAGGUUCUGGAGCAAAGAUGCUAGAAUUGGAGAUAGAACUAGCUGGGAGUGACUCUUAUGCAGCAAGGUUUGGCGAAUCCAUAGCUAAUCUAGGAGACAUUGAUAAUGAUGGUUUUGAAGAUGUUGCCAUAGGGGCUCCCCAGGAAAAUAAUCUAGAAGGAGCAAUUUAUAUAUAUAAUGGCAGGAAGGAUGGGAUAUCUUCAUCCUUCUCGCAGAGAAUACAAGGACACAGAAUCAGCAACACUUUAAGCAUGUUUGGACAGUCCAUAUCAAGUGGCAUCGAUGCAGAUAACAAUGGUUAUCCAGAUGUAGCAGUUGGUGCAUUUCUCGACGAUUCUGCCGUGCUGCUGAGAACAAGGCCAGUGGUGAUUGUUGAAGCUUUUUUAAAACACCCUAAUGCUGUAAAUCGAACUAAUUUGGAAUGUGUGGAAAAUGGCCAACCUGCUGUGUGUGUGAAUUUAAUGCUUUGCUUUACCUAUGAAGGACGAGACGUCUCUGGUUAUGUUGUACUGCUUUAUGACCUAAGUGUAGAUGUAAGCAGAAAAACAAACACUCCUGCAAGAUUUUACUUUUCUUCUAAUGGAACAUCAGAUAUGGUCUCAGGAAGUAUGGAGAUUUACAAUAGCAAUGUUACCUGCAAAAGUCAUCUGGCAUUUUUGAAGAAAGAUGUAAGGGAUAUCCUGACUCCUAUACACAUUGAAGCAACUUAUCGUCUUGGGCAUCAUAUUCUAAGGAAAAGAAGUGUGGAGGAAUUCCCACCACUUGAACCAGUUCUUCAGCAGAGGAAAGAAAAAGACAUUAUAAAAAACAAGAUGGUUUUUGCAAGAUUUUGUUCCCGAGAAAACUGUUCUGCUGACUUGAAUGUUUCUGGAAAACUUGCAUUUCCAAAACCUCAUGAAAAGAAAACAUAUCUUUCAGUUGGAAGUAUGAAGACUUUACUCUUGAAUAUAUCUCUGAGCAAUGCUGGAGAUGAUGCAUAUGAAACUGCCCUCCAGAUCCAACUCCCUAAAGGUCUUUAUUUUGUCAGAGUUCUAGAACUGGAAGAAAAACAGAUACAUUGUGAAAUAUCAGAUAAGGAAGCUCAUGCAGUGAGACUUGACUGCAGUGUUGGGUAUUUAUAUGUAGAUCAUCUGUCAAAGAUGGAUUUUAGUUUUCUCUUGGAUGCAAGCUCACUUACCAGGGCAGAAGAUGACCUCACCAUCACAGUUAAUGCUACCUGUAAAAAUGAAGAGGAUAAUGACCUGCUGUUGGAUAACUCCAUAGCUUUAGUCAUACCUCUGAAACAUGAGGUUGAGCUAAAUGUCCAUGGAUCUGUAUCACCAGCUUCGUUUGUUUAUGGACCCAGUGAGGAAAAUUCACCAAUUAAUUGCAUGAAGGAGAAGAUCAACUUCACUUUCCAUGUUAUCAGUGCUGGACCAAGCAUGGCUCCUGCUAUAGAUUUGGAGAUAAUGGUUCCUAAUUCUUUUGCACCAAGAGAUGAAAAGCUGUUUAACAUUCUGGAUAUCCAGACAGCUGAUGGAGAAUGUUUUUAUAAUAAUUAUACAAGAGACUGUACUUUACCAGAAAAAAAUGGACACAUAUUAGAGGAUCUUGUCAUUUUCUUUUCAAAGCCUGCCAAGAGGCGACUGUACUGCAUGAAAGAAGAUAAUUUGUGUUUACGAAUACUGUGUAAAUUUGGAAACAUGGAAAAUGGAAAAGAAGCAAUUGUCCGAAUGCAACUGGAAGCUACUCCUUCAGUUUUAGAAAUGGAUGAGGCAUCAUCGCUUAAGUUUGAAAUAAGUGCUACAGCAUCACCAGAAAAAAAUCCAAAAGUCAUUGAACUACACAAGGAAAGGCAAAUUGCACAUGUCUUUCUGGAAGGACUACAUAACCAAAAGCCAAAACAUCAUGUUACCAUGCUGAUUAUUGGGAUAGGUUCAGUACUUGGCAUUUUCUUGUUUUUGCUGAUAGUGCUGUUAUUAUGGAAGAGCGGCUUCUUUAAAAGACGUUAUCAACCUAUCCCUCGAGAGCAGCCCAAAGAGGAAGUUGGAACUUAGUCCUCCUUAGUGCUGUUUACAAAGAUGACAAUUAAAGACUUCUUUCAAAUGAUGAAUUUCAGGCUCAGAGCAACUUACAUGAUGAAUACUGAUGAGAGAAAACUGAUGAUGAGUCUGUCUGUUGUUUAGUCUUCAUGUUAGAAUAUACAUUUGAUUUUGCUGAUCCAUGGAGGAUUACACCUAACUGUAGCAUCAUCUUACUAAAAUACAAAUGACAGUCGGAUCUUCAAAUAAAGAAACUGUAAUAGUAAUAUCGGAAAUACCAGAAGUAUCCAUCUCUUCAAAUGCAUAUAAGAACACUAAGCAGAUAAAAUGAAGAAUUACUUACCCGAAGAAGAGUUCUUGGAAGGUAGUACAGUAUUAUCAACCAUUUUGGGGUAAUGAGAUCUCAGUGGUUGGCCGUGGGGUAACUCAUAACUCAAUUAGCUUUCAACUUUAAUUUCAUUUUUAACUAGAGAUUUGGAUAAGAUCCUCAUCCCACUAUGGCAUGCAUUGUAGAAGACAGCCACAAGGUCUUCUGAACACUCCUGCAGGCUCUGGACUAGGGCACAUAACUACAGCACUAUAGAGGUCUUGGGUAGUCUUGUAGUCCAUAGGACAGCCUGGGAGGCUGCUGUACUAUAGACGGACCUCCAGGGACUGUCUAAAUUAUGCCAGGGGCUUCUCCAGUUUCAGGGCAGUCCAGGACUGGGAGGAUGCAAAGGUGGCUUUAAAACCACAUUAGCUUCCCUUUCCCUGGGCUGGGAGUUCUGUGCUGAGCCUCUAAAAGGGGCAGCAUAAAAUCUUACCAUUAAUUGAUGUGUGUGGAAAGGUUUUUUGUGCUGAUCAGCAUUGAAAACUCAAUGUCCUGUCAAGGAUGCAUCACAUUGAGGGUUACUUUGAGAAGAGAGUCAAACAUUUGAAGCCAUCAGUAUCAAUGAUCCUUAACAUAGUACUAGCUGAUAAGGCCAGGAGCACACAGUUAAUUCUGUUUCUCUCUUUUUCUCCUCAAACACCAAGAGCAUGAGGUUUUGGAGCGAAAGACAUUCAUGUGUUUUCCUGAACAAUUAUUAUUUGCAAAUGUUUCAAUAAUGCUCAGCAUUGUAGUAUUUAAGGACAUUUCCAGUAGCAGACAGAAGAGGCUCUGAUGAAAAUUUAAAAAAAACCUUAACUCCAUAGGGCUAAUGCCAUCUUUAGAUGUGCAACCCCAGCCCAAAAGUUGCUGACCUCUGAAACCUGUAUAAUGAAAUAGUUUGGAUAUCUAAGUUCAGUCCUUAGUGGAUAUUUUUUCAGCUUAAUGCCACCAUCGCAAUUGGCACUCAAGAGUGGCAGUAGAAAGGAAAAAACUGAAUUGCUCCUACAGGUGAUCCCUUCAGAUUCUUAGAGAGAUACUAGCAAUGCCACCUACUUUAAGUACACUGAUACCUGUUCUAGGGGGGAAAGGAUUUCAUUCUCUGGGCUAUGCACCAUCUCAUCCAAGUGCUAAAUUCAUCUUAAACUUACUCUCCCCUAGUAAUGCCAACACAUGCUAUUUCCUAUGGCUCUUCUUUGUCCUUUCUCUACUGUCUUUCUGGACUGCUAGUAGAAAACUUAGUUCCAGCAUCUUUUUUUUUAUGUAAUAAAUGUGGACAUCACACAAAAUGAUUAUGCAACAUCACUUGGUAAUAAAGGUCCAGAGUUAAUAGCAACAAAGAUUGCCUUCAACAAAUUAUUUUGCUAAUAGAGUUAUAUACAUUUUUCAAAAGUGGCUUUUUGAACUAGGCUAAAGAAUCAAAAGGUAACAGAGCAUGAUUUUCCACAGAGGGCCAAGCACCUGUAGUUUUCAUUUACUUCAGUUGGUGUCAUGGGUGCUUCCAUACUUCUGAAAAACAGAUCUUAUCUCAAGGAAUUGGCUUUCUGUUCUAAAAUAUUCUGCAUUAUAUUAAGAACAAAUGUGUACAUACAGAAAGAAUAAAAUGUGCUAUGAGUGAAAUAUUUCAUCCUUAAAAACUAAACUAUUUGCAAAAUGUAUAUUCUAAAAAGGACUUUUAAAGAGUAUAGAACCAAAUGAAUUAUUGCACUUUAAUCAAAACAUAUUUGAACAGGUAUUCUAAUAAGUGUGUUGUGAGAGCUGUACCUCAAAUACCGAAAGCAGCAUUAAAAUUGCUUUAAUACAAACAAUGCAAGGAAAUUAGAUUACAAAGGAUUUUUUUGGAAUUGCUUUAGUAAGUAACUAAAUGCACAAGUGUUACUUGGAAAUUGCACAUUGCUAUUCAAACUAUGCUAUUAGUAUGUAAACAUUGAUCAGGUAUUUCUCUGAGAUAGUCAAGCAAAAUUCAAUUAACUUAAUAAACAAACAUUGAGGUUUAAUCUAAAUAAGUAAAUGUGAAUGUAAGAUUUCCUGAUGGCAGCAUGUUUAUUAAUAAAUGAUUGUUCAACUGAAUUUUAUAAUAAAAACAACUGUACACUA